CAGCACUAAUCUGUUGUCUAUGGUCCAACGUUGACUGACGUCUAGGUGGACGUAUCCGGCCCACGAAAGGGCCUUUUUCAAGCGUACGCCAUUGUUGGCGUAUGGUAGUUUAUUUUAUUGAAAGUAAAAUCUAAAACCAUCCAAAAUGGUGAAUUUCACCGUAGACGAGAUCCGCGCUAUGAUGGACAAGAAGCGGAACAUCCGCAACAUGUCCGUCAUCGCUCACGUCGACCACGGCAAGUCGACGCUGACGGACUCGCUGGUCUCAAAGGCCGGUAUUAUCGCCGGAGCCCGCGCCGGCGAGACUCGUUUCACCGACACCCGCAAGGAUGAACAAGACAGAUGCAUCACCAUCAAGUCUACCGCGAUAUCCAUGUUCUUCGAGCUCGAAGAGAAAGACAUGGUUUUCAUCACGAACCCCGACCAGCGCGAGAAGGGCGAGAAGGGAUUCUUGAUUAACUUGAUUGACUCGCCCGGGCACGUUGACUUCUCUUCUGAAGUGACUGCCGCGCUCCGUGUCACCGAUGGUGCUUUGGUCGUAGUCGACUGUGUAUCUGGUGUGUGUGUACAAACCGAGACUGUGCUCCGCCAAGCCAUCGCGGAGCGCAUCAAGCCCAUCCUGUUCAUGAACAAGAUGGACCGUGCGCUACUGGAAUUGCAACUGGAGUCUGAGGAGCUGUACCAGACCUUCCAGCGUAUUGUGGAGAACGUAAACGUCAUCAUCGCCACCUACAAUGACGACGGUGGUCCCAUGGGUGAGGUCCGCGUGGACCCCAGCAAGGGCUCCGUCGGUUUCGGCUCCGGUCUCCACGGCUGGGCCUUCACGCUCAAGCAGUUCGCCGAGAUGUACGCCGACAAGUUCAAGAUCGACCUUGUCAAGCUCAUGAACAGACUGUGGGGUGAGAACUUCUUCAACGCCAAGACCAAGAAGUGGGCCAAGCAGAAGGACGCGGACAACAAGCGCUCCUUCUGCAUGUACGUGCUGGACCCCAUCUACAAGGUGUUCGACGCCAUCAUGAACUUCAAGAAGGAGGAGAUUGACUCGCUACUCAAGAAGAUCGGAGUCACCAUCAAGCAUGAGGACGCCGACAAGGACGGCAAGGCCCUCCUCAAGGUUGUGAUGAGGUCGUGGCUGCCGGCCGGAGAGGCGCUGCUUCAGAUGAUCGCCAUCCAUCUGCCGUCGCCCGUCGUGGCCCAGAAGUACCGUAUGGAGAUGUUGUACGAGGGACCCCAUGACGAUGAGGCCGCCAUCGGUAUCAAGAUGUGCGACCCUGAGGCUCCCCUCAUGAUGUACGUGUCCAAGAUGGUGCCGACUUCGGACAAGGGCCGUUUCUACGCCUUCGGCCGCGUGUUCUCCGGCAAGGUCGUCACCGGACAGAAGGCCCGCAUCAUGGGCCCCAACUUCCAGCCCGGCAAGAAAGAGGAUCUGUAUGAGAAGACCAUCCAGCGUACCAUCCUCAUGAUGGGUCGCUACGUGGAGGCCAUCGAGGAUGUGCCCUCCGGUAACAUCUGCGGUCUGGUUGGAGUCGACCAGUUCUUGGUCAAGACCGGUACCAUCACCACCUUCAAGAACGCUCACAACAUGAAGGUCAUGAAAUUCAGCGUAUCGCCCGUGGUGCGCGUGGCCGUGGAGCCCAAGAACCCGGCCGACCUGCCCAAGCUGGUGGAGGGGCUCAAGCGCCUCGCCAAGUCCGACCCCAUGGUGCAGUGCAUCAACGAGGAGUCCGGCGAGCACAUCGUCGCCGGCGCCGGCGAGCUGCAUCUUGAGAUCUGUCUUAAGGAUCUGGAGGAGGACCACGCCUGCAUCCCCAUCAAGAAGUCCGACCCCGUCGUGUCGUACCGCGAGACCGUGGCCGAGGAGUCGGACCAGAUGUGCCUCUCCAAGUCGCCCAACAAGCACAACCGGCUCUUCAUGAAGGCGCAGCCCAUGCCCGACGGUCUGGCUGAGGAUAUCGAUGAUGGCAAAGUGAACCCGCGCGACGACUUCAAGACGCGCGCGCGCUACCUGUCGGACAAGUACGAGUACGACGUGACGGAGGCGCGCAAGAUCUGGUGCUUCGGGCCCGAGGGCACGGGGCCCAACCUCAUGGUGGACUGCUCCAAGGGCGUGCAGUACCUCAACGAGAUCAAGGACUCCGUCGUGGCCGGCUUCCAGUGGGCCGCCAAGGAGGGCGUCAUGGCCGAGGAGAACCUGCGCGGCGUGCGCUUCAACAUCUACGACGUCACGCUGCACACGGACGCCAUCCACAGAGGUGGCGGUCAGAUCAUUCCAACGACGAGAAGAUGCCUGUACGCGUGCCUGCUCACCGCGCAGCCGCGCCUCAUGGAGCCCGUGUACCUGUGCGAGAUCCAGUGCCCCGAAGUGGCCGUGGGCGGUAUCUACGGCGUGCUGAACCGUCGGCGCGGACACGUGUUCGAGGAGUCGCAGGUGGCGGGCACGCCCAUGUUCGUGGUGAAGGCCUACCUGCCCGUCAACGAGUCGUUCGGCUUCACGGCCGACCUGCGCUCCAACACGGGCGGCCAGGCCUUCCCGCAGUGCGUGUUCGACCACUGGCAGGUGCUGCCCGGCGACCCCUGCGAGCCCGGCAGCAAGCCCUACGUCGUCGUCCAGGACACGAGGAAACGAAAGGGGCUGAAGGAAGGUCUCCCAGAUCUAAAUCAAUACUUGGACAAACUGUAAACGUCGUAGCUAAAUACAAUGUACUGUAAUAUAUGUAACGAAACCAGCGCACGUACAUACACCACAUUAUACUAUACUGUUUUAUUACGUUUACAAUUUUUAUUCGCCCCGGUUCUUACUUGUUUGCGCCUGAUAAGUUUGUAAGUGUACGUUCAAUAAAAUAUUGCUGGUCGAUAUACGCAUUGUUAAUAUUCCGAUAUGAAGGGUGAUACUAGAUUAAUGUUGUAGUAUCACACAUGAUAGAUGGGAACCUGAAUUUUUCCUUUAUUAUACUGUAAUGUAAUUAAUUUUUAAAUUAUAAUUUUUCUAUUGUAA